AUGGCGCUCAGCAAUUUCCUCUUCGCUCAGUGCAUCUGCUACUUCCUGGCCUUCCUCUUCAGCUUCAUCGUGGUGGUGCCGCUCUCCGAGAAUGGCAACGACUUCCACGGCCGCUGCCUGCUCUUCACCGAGGGCAUGUGGCUCAACGCCAACCUGACGGAGUGGGGGCCCGAGGCCGCCUGCCGCUUCAGCAUCUUCACCGGCCUCCUCUCCCUGCUGCUGGCCACCGUGCAGGCCUGGAGGACCCUCUUCUUCCUCUGCAAGGGGCACGAGGA